AUGGAGGGAAGAAUGGUGGUAGUCGAAGGGCACUUAGAGGCGGUCGAAGUGGCAAUUGCAGAGAUGAAAGCUGAUACGGCGGCGAUACGCCAGGACGUCCAGGCAAUCUUGAAGGCGCUUGGAGAACGUCACCGCAAUAACCACGGGAAGCAACAGGGGGAGAGUGAGUCGUCGGUGAACGAUAAUGGUGGUGGUCCAAGCGGCGGAGGGGGAAGAAAUGGAGACGGUAACCAAGGAGGUACGAGCCAAUGGAGGAAACGAGUCGAAUUACCAGUCUUUGAGGGGGGCAAACCUUGGGUAUGGAUUGGCAGAGCAGAGAAGUUUUUCGAAGUACAGAAGGUGGCGGAGGAGGAGAAACUGGAACUGGCCUUUAUCAGUAUGGAUGGCUACGCCGGAAGCUGGUUCCGAUUCUGGCGAGAGAAAACCAAGAACUCUUCUUGGGAUGGGUUGAAGAGAGCUCUUGGUAUCCGUUUUGGAGGAGGAACACGAGGAACGGUGUAUGAAAGGCUGUCAACCAUACGACAGUCGGGACCGGUGGAGGAGUACAUACGCGAUUUUGAAGUUCUGGUGGGGCAGACGACCCAGAUACCCGAGGAGCAGAUCAUGGGGUAUUUCCUGUCCGGUCUGAGGGAGGAGGUGGGCGAUCAUGUCCGGCCACAUGAUCCACCGGAUUUGAUGACCGCCAUGCGAGUGGCGAGGGAUGUGGAGAAAUUAUGCACGAAGACCGGAGGAGGGUGGUUACCCAAGAAUAAGAAUUCUUGGGGGAAGGCGUCGGGUUCGGUGACGGUGCGAGGAGGAACGACGGAAAGUGUGGGGUCUGUUAAUAAAGACGCGACACAGGGACGGAAUAAGGGGCUGGCUACCAGCGGUGGAGGUGAUCGGACUGUUCGCAAUCUACCUUACCCGGAGUAUCUUAAACGGAGGGAAGAGGGUCGUUGUUUCAGAUGCGGCGGACCCUUCAGCCCCGGCCAUCGCUGCCCAGAGAGGGGCCUCAAAAUGCUAAUUGUGGUUGAGGAAGAGGAAGAGGUCGAAGGCGAAGAAGUGUCAGAGACGAACCUUGCGACAAUGGAGUUGUCGGCACUGUCCGCCGGAGGGCUGACGACACCCAAGACAAUGAAGUUACGAGGACACAUCGGACAAAGAGAGGUAGUAAUUCUAAUUGAUAGUGGCGCGAGCCACAAUUUCAUUGAUCGACGGUUGGUGGAGGAACUGCGGAUGACGGUGACAAAAACACAGCCGUAUUUGGUGAGUUUGGGGGACGGGCAGAGGAAGAGAAUCAGUGGCUGUUGCGAAAAGGUAGCAUUGGAGAUAGGAGAGGCUCAAGUCGUGGAACGUUUUUACAUCUUCAAGCUCGGAGGGGUGGAGGUCAUCUUAGGGGUAGAGUGGCUAGCAAAGCUUGGGGAGGUGACGGUGGACUGGAGAGUUUUAACGAUGAAGUACAGACAAGGAGACAAGAGGAUAACUGUACAAGGGGAUCCCACGUUAGAGAGGAGGGUGGUGGGCCCCGAAGCUUUAAAAAAAAUAGAUGAGGUGGCAACAUGUUUUUUGGUCUGGGAGUUGGGCUUGUGCGAGACUCAUACAAGCAGCCCAAAGUGUUCGGGCCUUACUGAAAAACAUAAGCAGCAGAUGGGGGAUUUACUAGAACAACAUGACGUGGUGUUCACGGAGCUUGAGGGGUUGCCACCUAGCAGGGAGAUGGUGCAUCAGAUACACCUUAAAGAGGGAGAUGGUCCGAUCAAUGUCAGGCCGUACCAAUACCCACAUGUAAUGAAAGAUGAGAUCGAGCAGCAAGUUUCGGAGAUGCUCCGAUCGGGGGUGAUCCGUCCGAGCCAUAGCCCGUACUCCAGCCCAGUAAUUUUAGUCAAGAAAAAAGAUGGUAGUUGGCGUUUCUGCAUAGACUACAGAGCCCUGAAUAGAGCGACGGUGCCGGAUAAGUUUCCCAUACCGGUGAUAGAAGAGCUAUUGGACGAGUUAGGGGGGCUUCCUAUUUUUCUAAGGUGGACUUGA